CGUGCUACCCUCUAGUGCCUUGCUUUGAUUUCCGUGCUAGCCUCGAGAAACGUUUAUUUCAGAGUUCAGAAUUCACUUUUUUAUCGACAUUUUCUAUAAAUUUGUGUUACGCAUUAUGGCAUAAUGUCGGAAACGUAUUUCAAACGUCUUCUGCGAAGUCAGCAGCGACAGACACAGACAGCGGUGUCCGAAGCGGUUCAAGAGCCAGAAGACGCCAUACCUGAUUUCGUGGAUAUCGAUGGUUCAUUCGGAAUUCCCCGACCAAAGAUUGAUUACUGGAACUGCAACGUCGAUGAAUUCCUUGAAAAAAAUGCACCCGUUCUUUUCGAUUAUGAGCAUCCGGAAAAGAGUAUCUCCCGUGCGAAUCUGAAAACCACUCAUCGUCGCGAAAUAAUCAGUUUACUAUUGGGCAGUGGUGGUCAGGUCUCGCCUCUGAUCAUUCAGCGCUUUGGUUUGUAUUGCGGCGUGACUCUUCCGCUUUCGGAUAUCGAAACAUUCCUAAAAGAUGAUAGAAUUUUCCAAAUGACAGCGGACAGUGGAGUCAAAAAUCACGAUUCCGAUUCUGAGCCUGAUCCAGAUGACGACAGUCACGCGUCAACCAACGAGAAAGCGAAAACCGGCGCGGCCACUGUUACCCGACCAAAACAGGCCACCGCCAUUUGGAUGUUAAAAAGAGAACUGCAGGCUUUGUAUCAAGACAUCGUAAGCAAAGAACUGAGGAAUGAUCUCAUUUACUCACCAGAAGAACGCCUGCCGAGUUACAAAAACCCUAGGGGUAUCGCUGCUACUCAGGCUGAUUAUCUGAAAAUGCGAAACGCCAAAGUCUUCUCGAAAAACGAAAGAGGUCGCUUUGGUAGCCAGGCCAGUUUGCCGUCCAUGUCCUUGACCCUUCGCUCCCAACUGAUGUCCGAUCUGGAUGAUGCGGCAUCAGUCACAUCUGCAUCGACUGUAACCUCGCAAGAUGUAUUCACUUCGAGACCUACCGAACGAGAGUUACUGCUGUCUCAUAAACCGGAUAUCAACAUUAUCUGUCAACCGGAGAAGGAUCCAGUGGUUUUUCAGCAGUUUUAUCCCUCGGAAAUCCCCCAUGACGUGCUACAGUUGCCGAUUUAUACUCGAAAAGACGAGGUGUUGAGAUAUUUGUGUAGCCGAAGGGUUGUCGUCAUUUGUGGCCCUACCGGAACCGGUAAAACUACUCAGGUACCGCUCAUGGUUCUGGACGAAUGUGCCGCCACAAAUAAACCGUGCAACAUCAUUGUAACUCAACCUCGAAGAAUUGCUGCUACCAGUAUUGCCAGAAGAGUUUGCUUUGAGAGAGGCUGGACACUGGGACAACUUGUUGGAUAUCACGUUGGCUUGGAUAGACAGACUACACAGUCCACAAGGCUGACUUACUGCACUACUGGGGUUUUCCUAGAGAAAAUCAUAUCCAUGAAGAAUCUGAAUAUGUACACGCAUGUAUUCUUGGACGAGGUUCAUGAGCGGGAUCAGGACACCGACUUGGCACUGAUGCUAGUGCGACAGAUGAUGCGCGAAAAUUCUCCAAAUGUACAGGCCAUUCUCAUGUCCGCUACACUGGAAGUUCAAAAAAUGAGCGAAUACUUCAAGGAGAAAACCACAUCAAGUCCUGAACGCGAAAUAGAAGAAGUUGGAAACGUUGACUUACGAAUCGAGCAUUUCCCCAUCAAGGAGUUGCACUUGGAGGAAUUCGCCGUAGAAUACGACACAUCGGGUUUUGAACUAAAUCAUCCUCGAUUGUCUUCAAAAUUGCUGGAGUUGGCCUGCCAUACAAUCGACCAUUUAAUUCCACUUCCUGGUUCGAGUGCGGUUGAAUUUGGCGAAUCUGUUCUCAUGUUUCUUCCUGGUCUGGAGUACAUCAUAGAAAUGGAGGCUUUGCUCAAAAGAAAAGGAAGUCAGUCGCUGGAAGUAUGCAUCCUUCAUUCAACUAUAAACAAAGAAGAGCAGUUCCGGGUGGCGCACGAUUUCCCUAAAAGUGGUUCACGGCGAAUUAUCUUAUCAACAAACAUUGCUGAAAGUUCUAUAACGCUGCCUUAUGUUAAUUACGUUUUCGACUUUUGUUUGACGAAGUCAAUGAAGUUGAAUCCAUGUACCAAGAUGCCGCAGUUGGUGCUUCAGUGGGCAUCCUUAUCCAGUUCGUCCCAGCGUAAAGGAAGGGUCGGACGCAACAGACCCGGAGUUGUGUAUUUCUUCGUUCCAAGAAAAUUUCGGCAAAGCUUACCUCAGUAUCCGAAACCGGAAAUCUUGGAAGCCCCGAAAGAGAAUGCCGUACUACGUAUCAAGCAGCUGGGUGUACCGGUUCCACCGGCUGAACUUUUGGUGCUCUUAUUGGAUCCUCCGCUCCAGAACGAUAUUGAAAUUGCGGUUAUUAACCUGAAAAGUAUUGGCGCAUUAACGGUUACUUAUAAAGGCCAGCCGUGCUACCAGGACGGCGAUUUAACGGCAAUGGGGUUUCUACUGGCGUCUUUCCCGUUGGAUGUGCGAGUUGCGAAGUUUAUGUUCUUAUGCGCCAUGUUUGGAUAUGCAUAUGAAGGUUCCAUAAUCGCUGCUGGAAUGACCGUGGAAGCAGUCCUAAGUAGGACUAGGUUGUCGCCUGCCGACCGGUAUCGCGCAAUGGAACGGCACUAUUACCGCGGUGCUCAUUGUGAUGCGCUUGCCAUUGUGUAUGCCUAUGAAUUAUGGGAAGCGGAAAGGGAUAACCUGAAAUCACAUAUUGACCGAUCAAGAUUCACGGAUGCAACCUUGAUUGAUCUUUCCCGAAUGAAAGAGCUCUAUGCCCUUAAACAAGAACUCUGUGGAAGACUCCAGCGAAAAGGUAUCUACGCCGACCAUCCGUCUAGCAUGAGAGCUCCCAGAGAAGUGAUUAUACCGUUGUUAUUUGCUGGUGCUUUUUAUCCGAAUGUGAUGGUGAAUAUUGCUUCAUAUAUUGAUGCAAAAAUGGAACAAGUCCUUGCUGGAUAUGAUCCUAUGAGCACUUUGGUGAUUCCAAAUUUUGGUCAUCAAACAGCAGUACGGAGCCCGUUAUACGAUGACGAUCUGAAAGCCAUUUUGAGGGACAGCUCAGAAAGCGGCACUAUUCAACCAAAAAUUGUUUACGGCAGUUUUGAGACUUUUGUUUGUUUUGAUCGUUCUACACGACGUCCAUCCGGUGACAUUCAUCCUGAGCUGGGCGCCAUACUGAAAAUGACAAUGAACUCUCAUGGAAAGCUCACUUUACCGGAACGCCAGCGGUCAUCAGAAGUAAAUCAACAAAUUGACGGUACUGAUAAUACCAGUCGCGCUGGAUUUCGAUUUUCCAUUGAAAAUAAAGGAGAGUGUCGAAACCCAAGGAAAGGAAUUCCUCCCUGUUCCGUAAUUUUUCAGACUGGGCAGAAAAUACCUGUUGUACUUCAGGAUAUCGUCAGUGUGGACAAAUUUUUUGUGACCUGCACGAGGAGCGACAUAGUUCAGCAACAGUUAAACUUGGAGGAAAGAAUGAAAGCAUUUGCCAAAAGAAAGAUGUUCCCUAUUGAACUUAGAUACAUCAGAAUUGGAGAGGCAUUUAUGGCGAAAAGUGAAGACGAAGAUGGUAAUGUGUUCUAUACGCGUUGCUUGGUGGUGUCUCCAGUCAACAACGGAUGUGUGACGGUAUUACUGGUGGACUUGGGUGAAUAUGACCUGAUCUCAGCCUCGUCGUUAUAUUAUCUGCCUGAUUCGCUCAAGGACAUACCUCGCAGUAGCUUUGAAUUUAUAUUUGUUGGACUUCGCUUCUCAAGAAGUCAAAGGCGGUUGACCGUGAGCUAUAUGCAGGAUCUGCUGUGUGGUGAAGAAAGCGAAGUAUAUUUGGAAGUGUUUUCCGUAACGGAUGGCAUCGUGCGAGGUCAACUUUUCUGGAAAUGUCCUUUGGUGCCUGAUGUGGACAUAAGUGUUGGCGAAGAGCUGAUACGACUGGGGUGUGCAUUCAAAGGAAAGGAAUCGUGGAUUUCUGAGAAUCAUCAUAAGCAACUGGAAUCCGGGAACACUGACAUGCUCGCAGGAGCUGAAUUUGUUCCGGAUCUGGAUCUAAAGAACGACACACCACCUGUAGCCGGGAAAUGUAUAACCGUCGGUCCGGUUGAGUUCCCAGCACGAUCUCGCCGUGUCACUAUCAUGAAGGACCAAAAAAUUGCGAGUGUUAACAACACGAGCUUAAACAGCAUUGCUUAUGAAAAGUAUCCCCAGGAUGGCGGGUGGCCGUACCGACCUGUGGUGGCCGCAUUGAUGCAACAUCCUUCGCACACUGACGACGUUCUGAAGGGCCUCUUUACGAGUCAGCUUCCAACGCAACCGGGCCUGCUGGGAGUGAUCGCGCUGGCAUUCUCACCGGUUGCUGAGAUAGUGACAAAAGAAGAUGAACACGUUGGCUUGUUGACUGGACUGGGUCCAUUGGCUGAUUCCACUGAGAGUUUUUAUCCCGAAGGGGAAGUUAAUUUGGUCUUUGACGGGUACAUAUCCGAAGAGGAUAUUGAUAAAGCUGAUGCUUUGCGAAGAAAACUGAAUCAAAUGCUUUGCAUUAUGCAAGGGAACAUCCAUGCGGUACGCAACUUCGAUGAGUUGCAGCACGAAUGUCUGAACCUGUUGAUUAGUAUGGCUAGCAAGCCGCGAAUGCUACGCCCGAACCGUGGUUUUUGGAGCACUUUCAGUUGGUCACCAGUUUUGUACGAUAAAGAGCGGCUCGCAGCUGAACUAAAUUUCCUGAUGCCCAUUUGCCGAUCUGCAGAGCCAUCUUCAAUGGAGAAAAGCAUUAAGUUGUACGAUCAGAUGGUGAUGUUGCAUCGGGAUGCAAUGAAGAUCAUGAAGAAGGAGCUGAACGUUGGCGCCGAAUUGGGAGAAGAGGACGAACCAAUCAGCUUAUCGGCGGGUAGAUGUCAGUUCUGCAAUAAAACCAUCGAUCGCGGAAAUUUAGUAGAGCAUAUUUUUUCGGCUUAUCAUACUGAUCAGGAAAACAAAUUGUUGGCUUUCAGUUCUGUUGAAUAAGUUGUAUAUGAAGAUAUGCUUUUUCGUGGGUGUGUCAUUGCCGGUUUUCACCUUUCGUUUAAUAGAAGUACUCGUGAUAAUGGUUUUAGAUCUUUUGUUUGUGAUUUUGUGUGAUCGAUUAUGCUAAUCUGGCGAAUAUUUUUAGGGAUCCAUUGUUUCUUUAUAGCAAUCAAUUUAAUCACUGUUAUAAUUUAGGUCGUUGGUUAAUGUAUUAAUUGUUCACGCCCAACGAAUAGUGCACGAUCUAA